GCGUCAUCCACUUGGUCUCAACAAACCAGGAUUUAUUAAUUUAUUUUAUUCCCUGACAAUCUCUGCUCGAAGCCUUUCAGAGAGGAGGACGAUGGAUUGGCUCAAAUGGACAGUGAAUAAAUGAACUAUUUGAAGCGGCAUUACCAUCAAUAUUUGGACUACCGGCUGAGACGAUCUCAUGAACUGACACAGCACUGGCAUUUAAUGUUUCUAUUCUUUUGAGUUUCACCAUGACUGCUUUUGACUUCUCGGAUGUGGAGGCUUUUUUAGAUUGCCACCCGGAUCUCUUCGAAGAAUAUCUUAUCCGUAAAGGAAAAUGCGAUACAGUGAGCAGGUGGUUGAAGGAGCAUCAGCCGUCAAAAGUCUCCAUAGCUGAGGAGAAGCGCCGUGCUCCGAGGGACUCUCUCUGGACGUCUAACCCGGACGGACUUCGUCGCCGCUCGUCCCAAAUGGAGCUCCGACGUAACUUUGCCAGGUCCAAAGCUAUGACCGCGCACAGAACCUACGACGAGCAUGUCAGUCUCAGUGAACACGAUUCCCAGUCCAGCAUGAGACGCCGUGCACUAUUGCGGAAAGCCAGCUCCUUGCCUCCGACCACUGCCCACAUUCUAAGCGCCCUGCUCGAGUCCAGGGUCAAUGUGCCACAAUAUGCAUCCAGUGCCAUUGACUAUAAGUACAGACUUAAGGAGACCAAUGAAAGAGAGUUUUUCCUAGAGUUGGUUAAGGAUAUUUCCAAUGACCUGGAUAUGACCAAUUUGAGUUAUAAGAUACUGAUUAACGUGUGCAUUCUUGUGGAUGCAGACAGGUGUUCAUUAUUUCUUGUUGAGGGCCCCGCGCACAAGAGGACACUCGUGUCAAAGUUUUUUGAUGUUCACUCAGGCACCACCGUACGACCCUCCUCGAGCACUCUGAACUCGAACGAAGUCCAGGUGCCAUGGGGAAAGGGGAUAAUCGGAUAUGUGGCUGAGCACGGGGAGACAGUAAACAUCCCUAACGCGUAUGAGGACCAUCGCUUCAGUGAUGAGAUAGACAAGCUGACAGGCUACAAGACCCAGUCAAUUUUGUGUAUGACCAUUUGUAACAGUGAUGGGGAGGUCAUAGGUGUGGUACAAGCCAUCAACAAAAACCCCAUCGGCACUCCUUUCACUGAGGAUGAUGAGAAGGUGUUGCAAAUGUAUCUACCAUUCUGCGGAAUAUCGAUCUCCAAUGCUAAAUUGUUUUCAGAGUCUCGGAAGGAGUAUGAGAGGAGCAGGGCUCUGCUGGAGGUGGUGAAUGACCUGUUUGAGGAGCAAACAGACCUGGAGAAGAUUGUGAGGAAGAUCAUGCAGAGAGCUCUGACCCUCCUCCAGUGCGAGCGCUGCUCUGUGCUGUUGCUGGAGGACAUCCACUCGCCUGUGGUGAAGUUCUCUAAAACCUUUGAGCUCAUGUCUCCUUUGUGCAAUAUGGACCGCGAAAUCAGCAUGGAGAAGCUGUCCUGUUCUGAUUGGCUCAUCAAUAACAGCAUAGCUGAGUUGGUGGCAUCCACAGGACUGCCUGUAAACAUCAGUGACGUGUGUCAGGACCCUCGUUUUGAUGCCGAGGCGGAUCAGGCCUCGGGGUUCCACAUCAGAUCAGUGUUGUGUGUCCCCAUUUGGAAUCGAACUCACCACAUAAUUGGGGUUGCACAGAUUCUUAAUCGCCUAGACAGGAAGACGUUCAACGAUGCAGACCAACGACUUUUUGAGGCAUUUGUAAUUUUCUGUGGGCUGGGCAUCAACAAUACCAUGAUGUAUAACCAGGUGAAGAAGACAUGGGCCAAGCAAUCUGUUGCCCUGGAUAUGCUGUCCUACCACGCCACUUGCUCCAAGGUUGAGGUGGACAGACUCAAGGCUGCCAAGAUCCCCCUGAGCAGUGAGUUGGGAAUAGAUGAGUUCCACUUUAAUGACUUCUCCCUGGACAACGAUGCCAUGAUAACUGCCUCACUCCGGAUGUUUCUGGAACUGGGAGCCGUCCAGAAGUUCAAAAUUGACUAUGAUGUCCUGUGUCGCUGGCUCCUGACUGUGAGGAAGAACUACCGCACUGUGGCCUACCAUAACUGGAGACAUGCCUUCAACGUAUCCCAGUGCAUGUUUGUCAUGAUCACCACAGCAGGUUUCCAGGACGUUCUGUCAGAUGCUGAGACCCUGGCACUGAUGGUGGGCUGCCUCUGCCAUGACUUAGACCAUCGCGGCACUAACAACGCCUUCCAGGCCAAGACAGGCUCUGCUUUGGCACUGCUCUACGGGACCUCAGCCACUUUGGAGCAUCACCACUUCAACCACGCUGUCAUGAUCCUGCAGAGCGAGGGUCACAACAUAUUUGCCAACCUUUGCUCCAAAGAGUACAGUAGCAUGAUGCAGCUGCUGAAACAGGCAAUCCUAUCCACAGACCUCACCCUGCACUUCCAACGCAGGACCAAGUUCUUCGACUUUGUGCUGUCAGGAGAGUUCAGCUGGACUGAUGAGGCACACAGAGAGCUUCUGAGGUCUAUGCUAAUGACAGCGGGCGACUUGGGUGCAGUGACUCGCCCUUGGGAGAUAUCCAAACAGGUUGCGGAGUUGGUGACCAGUGAGUUUUUUGAACAAGGUGACCGGGAGCGUUCUGAGCUCAAACUGACUCCAGCGGCCAUUUUCGACCGCAAUCGGAAAGAUGAGCUUCCUGCUCUGCAACUGGAGUGGAUAGAUGGGAUAUGCAAGCCCCUUUAUCAGGCCCUGGUGAAACUCAACAGGAAGCUGCAGCCCAUGGUGGAUGGUAUAGACGCCAACAGAAGGAAGUGGGAGGAGCUCUGCUCAUCCUAUCAGCAGACACGCACGGCGUCAGAAUCCAAUCAGAGUCCUGAAGCCAGCCCAAACCCUGAGCCAGGACAAAGAGGAGAAACCAAUCAGGUUUCAGAGUUUAACCAUAACCAAGAGCAUGAAGAACCCCCUGAAUUUGGAUGCAAUACAGAAUCGGAUCAGGAUCUGACGUGCGAGGCCGCUACUGUGUCAGAGGGGAAUGGGAGGUGUGGUCAGCCUUCUCAGGAGCAGGAAGUGGAAGUAUGAGGAGAGAGGACAAGAGACAGGGGGCGCAGAGGGAAGGAGAAAGGUGGAUAGAGGGAAGGAGACAAGACGGUAGAGGGAAGGAGAGAGGAGGGCUGAGGGGGGAGACAGGAGGCGCAGAGGUGACAUCAGAAGGAGAGGUUUGUUUGGGUCAGCUUGUGUGUGCUCAGUUUGAAUUGCUCUGUUACUGUAAUCGGCAUGGCAUUCUUAUUCUGCACUGUUUUUUUUGUUUUUUUUGAAAGAGCUUUAUAUUAACAUUGAAAAUUCAAGAUUCAGCCUGUCUAAUGAUUUGUAAUGUCGUCUUGACGUCACAAUCAUUUAAAAAAGUUGAAAACUUUACAACUAAAGUUUAAACUUAAAGAACAUAUUGGGUGUCGUCACUUCUCCACAGUUUAAUUCAGAAAGGACAAUUUAUUUAACAUUUUCAGUGUGCUAUUUGAGAGAAAUGUUAUAAUUCUGUCCAAGUGCUCAAACUGCUGUCUUCUGUUUAACUAACCCUAUUGUUGGACCAUUGCUGAAACCAAAGAAGGCCAGCAACAACAACACACACAUCUUCAUGCCUUUAUCCAACAUUAGGGAAUCACUGUGAAAUUCUCUUUCUCUACCACUUAGACUUUCAUCGUGAAUGUAGACCGGAGCAUUAUCUUGUUCCUGAAUGUUAAUGUCUCAGCUGCUGAAGUACUGUAGCUGUCACAUCAGGCCCAGUCAUCAGGCUUUGUUACCUCCACAACAAACUUUUGGCUGCUUGAGAUUACUAAAUGUGUAUGCACUCAGCUAGUGUCUAGACAGCUUUGUGAAUUUUAAGCAUGCAUUAUCUUAAUAUUGUGUAUGCAUUUGUAUGCAUUUUGCGGUUCGGAUCCUGCUGUUGUUGGUACUAGACAUCCGCCUAGAAGUCUUUACUUUUUAUGUUUUCAAGAGAUUGACGUUGCAUGACACUUAGGGAACUAUUCCUAGAAUAUAAACUCACAGUUUCUAUCCAUUUCCCUUGUUUUUGUUCAUUAGUUAUUCACUUUUUGUACAGAGAAACGAGGUGAACGAGGUUUCAGAGGAAAAAAAGCAUAUGAAUAAGUAAUAUACUUUUCUAAGGAUUAGUCAGACACAAAUUUAUAUUUUCAAACAGAUCUACAUUGAAAUACAUCAAGUAAAGUCCAUUAUUUUUCAUAUAUUAGGCUCUAUAUUUAUGAGGGAAACCUGAUUGGCAUUUUUCACACUAUUUAGUAAUGUUCAAAAUUAAAAACUGCAACUUGUUAAGAAAAGCUAGACAGAUCUCAGUUCAGUACUCCUCAACUGUUUUUAUAAAUAAAAGGCAUUGGCA